AGGUACAGUGUUGUCUGAAAAAAUGGUCUCCAGUGCCUGCCAAUCUUCCUUAGCAAGCAACAUGACAUUCGCAUUGGCGCUCGUGUUCCUUUGCAUCGUCUAUCGAGUUGAGUUAUCCAGUAUCGAAAAUAGGGACUUUUCCGGUCCACUUUGGUAUCCUUCUAGUUUAUUCAGAUUUACUAGACCAUCGACAAGCGGCCGUUCAAUAAACCGCCCAGUUCCGCUUUUGUACGGAUCAGCGACUAAUGUCAUUCAUCGACCUUUUAAUCCCUUCAGUCGUAUUGAUAUCCAAAACAAGACAGACGUCUUCAUUCCGAUUGUCGUAACAACAACUCCAGCAACCACGACGUCAACAACUUCAAUAUCCACAACGAUAACAACAACUCCAACGACAACAACAUUAGCCCCAACAAACCGGAAACCUGUCAAAUAUUGUAACCCAAAUGCACCACCUCCGUGUGUCAACAAACGAUUUGGUUUCUGCAUAAGCGACGAUGAUUAUCCCGACGAUGACAUUAAAUUGGCCACAGAGUUCUCCGAAUUGGCGGAUAAAUUCAGCUCCAAAUCGAUUGGCGAUGAUGAACCGGUUAAUUCAUUGGCCAACGCAGUUAAUAAUACUGGUUGCGUAACCACCAGUUUGAUUGUUAAACCGUUACGAGCACGAAAUAUCGACGGAGAUUGGAGAGUUAUCGUCCAAGAUGCCAGGAACAUUUUUCAAUGGACGCUGAUGGUCGUAUGUAGCAACACGGAUGCAAGCUGUCAUAAUCCCGAACGAAUCACCCCCGUCUUUUGUUUUAAUGGCAAAUGCAAACAAUUGUUUGCUGUUCGACGACUUCUAGCCUUCGAUCCUUGUAAUCCUGAUCGUCAAGUGUUUGUCGAUUCAUUUAAAUUGCCAACUGAAUGCAGUUGUCGCCUCUCCCGGACGUCUUGCGUGUACAAGUAUGAUGUUUGAUACAGUUCUCAUUGAUUGCUCAAUUGUAAA